AUGAGAAUGUAUUAAUUAUUGCAUGCACUUGAGAAACCAGUAUCUAUAACUAUUAAAAGAAAUAAUUUAUUUGAAAAUCCAGAAAAUUUAUAAAAAUUAACAGAGAAAAAAGUUAUUCAUUUAUAUAAAUAAGGAACAAGUGAAUAAUAAAUAUUAGAAAAGAUAUUCGAAAGAAGAUAAAAGAAGGAUAUAAAUGUAGAUAGAAUAAAUAGUGCUGAAGAAAAAUUAGAAGAAUUUCAUAAUUUUGCAUCUGCAAUUGAUUAUGAUUAAAUAUUAACAGUAUCAUACUUUUUAAGAAAAGUUCCUGGAUCUUUUGCAGUUGGUUAAAAAAUAAUGACAGAAAUAUAAAAAAGAAAUCCAAAUUUUAAUCCAAAAUCUAUGCUUGAUUAUGGAAGUGGAAUAGGAACAUGGGCAUGGAGUUUCAAGAAAUUGUAUCCUGAUGUUAAAAACAUAGUUUGUGUUGAACCAAAUUUAUAUAUGAGAAAAUUAGGAAAAUUUGUUACUUAAGAUUAUAUUAAGGAUAUUAAAUUUUAUGAAAGUUUAUCACAUACACUAGAAUUAAGUUAUGAUUAUUUUGAUUUUAUAAGCAUAGCAUUUGUUUUAGAAGAAAUUAAUCAUCCUGAAGCAAGAUUAUUAGCACUUUAAUCUUUAUGGGCUAAAUUAUCUGAUGAUGGUAUUAUGGUUUUAGCAUGUCCUGGAUCACCAACAGGAUUCCGUUUUGUUAAUGAUUUUAGAGAAUGGAUAUUGAAAUAAAAAGGGUUUAUUGUUGCACCAUGUUAACAUUAAUAAUCAUGUCCUAUGGCUAAAGAAGGAUUUUAAUGGUGUCAUUUUAAAUAAAUGUUUACUGCUUGGCCAAAGGAUGGUAAUCUUAAUUAUAUAACUAAGAGUAUUCCCAAAGUACAUUUAUGAAAAUACUGCAGUGACAGAGAAAUUCUCAUAUUUGGCUGUAUCUAAGAAACCUUUGAUUUAAGAGGGAUAAGAAUGGCCAAGAAUUACAUUUGAUCCUUUAAAAAGAGGAAAGCAUCUUAUUCUUGAUAUGUGUACAGAAUAAGGGUAAUUGGAGAGGUAUUUAAAUAUAUUAAUAAAUUUAGACGAAUAGUUGCCAAAUCUCAUGGUAAAGAGGGUGGCUAUUAUGAGGCCAAACACUUAAAUGGAGGAGAUCUUUGGAGAUUCCCAAAAUUACCUCCAUCAAAAGUAGGAAAAAAGAAAAGAAAAUAAUCAGUUAAAAUUAUUUGAAGCAUUUGUAUGUAGAUCUGUAUAAUAAUAUUAUUAAACUUUUUAUUUCUCAUAUAAUGAAUAAUAGUAAUAUAGUAAUAAAGAUUUUUAUCGAAAUUAAUACUACAAUUAAUUCAUAUCAAAAUAAUUAUAAAUUGAUAUCUAAUUAUUAAAUUAGUAUAGUCAUCCAAGAAUUAUAAAAGGAAAUUCUAAAUUCAUAUAAUAAUUUAAUAUAUUGUUUCGAAUUGAUAAUAAAACUAAAAAGCCUUUGUAAAAANGAUUAUGAUUAAAUAUUAACAGUAUCAUACUUUUUAAGAAAAGUUCCUGGAUCUUUUGCAGUUGGUUAAAAAAUAAUGACAGAAAUAUAAAAAAGAAAUCCAAAUUUUAAUCCAAAAUCUAUGCUUGAUUAUGGAAGUGGAAUAGGAACAUGGGCAUGGAGUUUCAAGAAAUUGUAUCCUGAUGUUAAAAACAUAGUUUGUGUUGAACCAAAUUUAUAUAUGAGAAAAUUAGGAAAAUUUGUUACUUAAGAUUAUAUUAAGGAUAUUAAAUUUUAUGAAAGUUUAUCACAUACACUAGAAUUAAGUUAUGAUUAUUUUGAUUUUAUAAGCAUAGCAUUUGUUUUAGAAGAAAUUAAUCAUCCUGAAGCAAGAUUAUUAGCACUUUAAUCUUUAUGGGCUAAAUUAUCUGAUGAUGGUAUUAUGGUUUUAGCAUGUCCUGGAUCACCAACAGGAUUCCGUUUUGUUAAUGAUUUUAGAGAAUGGAUAUUGAAAUAAAAAGGGUUUAUUGUUGCACCAUGUUAACAUUAAUAAUCAUGUCCUAUGGCUAAAGAAGGAUUUUAAUGGUGUCAUUUUAAAUAAAUGUUUACUGCUUGGCCAAAGGAUGGUAAUCUUAAUUAUAUAACUAAGAGUAUUCCCAAAGUACAUUUAUGAAAAUACUGCAGUGACAGAGAAAUUCUCAUAUUUGGCUGUAUCUAAGAAACCUUUGAUUUAAGAGGGAUAAGAAUGGCCAAGAAUUACAUUUGAUCCUUUAAAAAGAGGAAAGCAUCUUAUUCUUGAUAUGUGUACAGAAUAAGGGUAAUUGGAGAGGUAUUUAAAUAUAUUAAUAAAUUUAGACGAAUAGUUGCCAAAUCUCAUGGUAAAGAGGGUGGCUAUUAUGAGGCCAAACACUUAAAUGGAGGAGAUCUUUGGAGAUUCCCAAAAUUACCUCCAUCAAAAGUAGGAAAAAAGAAAAGAAAAUAAUCAGUUAAAAUUAUUUGA